GCUCUGUGGGAGGGGCCUGGGGCCUCAGAUCUUCAUCGUCAUGACUACACUGUAGCUCUGCACACAUGACAGUAAAAGCCUUGAACCUUGAACAGUAUAAUAAUGUGUGUUCAGACCCUGUCGGCGCUCCCGGACCAGGACUCGUUCUACGACGUGACGGACAGCCUGGAGCAGCUCGGCAUGGAGAGCAUCGUGAGCAAACAGCUGAGCAACAGGGAAGCGGAGCCUGACUUGAAGACUCAGUUCACUCUCUACGAGACGUCUCUGAGGAACGAGGACGGGGACGACGUCUCCCCCCUCCCCCGUAAAGAGAGGAGAAAGAUGGCCGCUGGCGAGAGGAGCCGCCGUUCCUCCAGUCAGACUCUCCCCCCCCUCUCCUCCACUAACUCCUCCCCCUCCUCCUCCCCCACGCCCCCCUCCCUCCUCUCCCCCACCACCACCCUGCUCUCUCCCACCCUAUCCCCCUCCUCCUCCCCCACGCCCCCCACCUUCCUCUCCCCCACCACCACCCUGCUCUCUCCUACCCUCUCCUCCGCUUCCUCGAACCCAGCAGGGGGCAGCAGAGCCUCCUCCCCCCUGUCCUCAGACUGCAGCUCCUCAGGGUCCCAGAGGGGGUCUCCUCUCCCCCCCCAGACUGAUUCUAAUGGUACGACCCACCCUGAGGAGGAGGAGAAGUCUCCGUCCAGCGCCAGGAGGUCCCGCCUCUUCUCUAAAGCCAGUUCCUUCUCUGAGGAGGCCGGCAACAGGUCUGUAGCUAACGGAGAGCUAACAGGGAAAUAACGGGGAGCUAACAGGAAGCUUACAGGGAAAUAACGGGGAGCUAACAGUGAGCUAACGGGGAGCUAACAGUGAGCUAACGGGGAGCUAACAGUGAGCUAACGGGGAGCUAACAGGGAGCUAACGGGGAGCUAACAGUGAGCUAACGGGGAGCUAACAGUGAGCUAACGGGGAGCUAACAGUGAGCUAACGGGGAGCUAACAGUGAGCUAACAGUGAGCUAACAGGGAAAUAACUGGGAGCUAACAGGAAGCUUACAGGGAAAUAACGGGGAGCUAACAGUGAGCUAACGGGGAGCUAACAGUGAGCUAACGGGGAGCUAACAGUGAGCUAACGGGGAGCUAACAGUGAGCUAACGGGGAGCUAACAGGGAGCUAACAGUGAGCUAAUGGGGAGCUAACAGUGAGCUAACGGGGAGCUAACAGUGAGCUAACGGGGAGCUAACAGUGAGCUAACAGUGAGCUAACAGGGAAAUAACUGGGAGCUAACAGGAAGCUUACAGGGAAAUAACGGGGAGCUAACAGGAAGCUUACAGGGAAAUAACGGGGAGCUAACAGUGAGCUAACGGGGAGCUAACAGGGAGCUAACGGGGAGCUAACAGUGAGCUUAACAGUGAGCUAAGGGGGAGCUAACAGGGAUGUCACUGUCACUACCCGAUCUGCAGCUCUGCCCGAUCUGCA